AUGCGCAAUUUGAAACAUGCACGUAGUUCCGAGACAUUGAAAACAAACAGUCUACUAAAUGUAAACGAAGGACAAACUGAAGUAGCAGCAAAAGGUUGGGCUAGUAGAUUACGACGGUCGCCUUCAGCCGCUUCGUCGCUGUCCCCAUUCUUUCUUAGGAAGAACGUGUCGCAACCCGUACCUAAUGGAUCUAUCGGUGGUUCAAUGUUAAAUAAAUUACGUGAGAUGUCUGUAGGGUAUUCGGACGUUGUACAGCUGUUGAUUUCAAAGAAAGUCACUUUGUUACUACCAGAAGCGAUUGCACUGCCGUCGAUAAAAAUUGACCGCACUUUUGUAGAAGAUCAUGUAAUCAUAACGCAAAAGACAGAAGAAGGGAUACAAGCAAUCACGUUGAGUGGCCUACGAGCAUUUAUUCGACCGAACAUUCUGAUUGCAAUUGGAGCAAUACAAUCUCAACCGAAUGAUUCGUUAUCAGAUGAAUCAAUGAAACCAAGGUCUAUCUUUGAUUCAUACACGUUGCCCAAGAACCUAUCGGAAUAUCCGACGAUUAGCGUAAUCAAUGACAAUGCAGAGUCUAUGCUUCAUGGAAUGAGUAUACAAGGAAUUGUGAUUGAAGCGCCGAUAAUACGACAGGAGAUUGCUGAGCAAGUUGCUUUGAUUUGGGAAAUUGAAGAAAGAUUAACUUGGAUUACGGAUCUUCCCGGGAAGUUACCGGACGAGAUUCAAAGAUUUGUCCAAGAGUAUGGACAGAAUCCGCCAUUGUCAGAAGAUUUAUGCUCGGAAAAGAUCCAAGAAUUCUACCAAUACUGUUACAACGAAAUUGAGUCAGUGACUGGAUUAACGGAAGACGCCGAGAGAGAAGCUGAAGCCAAAUUAGAUUGUAUCGAAAAGUUUAUAUGUUCGGUAUUGUACACGAGUUUAUUUUGUCCUGAAUGGGGUGACGAUGAACUAUUCGAUGAAGCACUAGGAUCAAAGAUUGCAGCACUGAAUAUAUUAGAAUUAGGCCUUGGUCAUCUUGGUAUUACCGUUCAACCUCAUCAGCAAGUUCUCUUUGAUAAUGCAAUAUGUGCUGCAAGUGACAUAUUCAGUUCGCUGGAGACGUUAAAGACACCUGGUGAGAAACUGGGUAUAUUCGUAAGAUGCCAUCAGAUUGUAGUCGAUACGUUGAAGCAAUGUACAUCAACUCGAAAUCCAUCCGAAGAUGUAAAUAAACCUGUAGAUAACCAAUUGGCUCCUGUUCCUCCAUCACCAACAGAAGAGAACAAAAAUUCUGCUGCUGAUGCUAUAUUUCCCGUAUUGAUAUAUAUUCUUGUGAAGGCGAAUCCCAAAAAAUUAAACUCGCACAUUCGAUUUAUUCAGAGGUAUAGAGCACAAGCACUACUUCAUGGUGAAUCAGCUUACUGUCUAACAAAUACAAUGGCAGCAGUGUCAUUUCUAGAGAAUGUAGAGUUACAAUUAUUGGGCUUAGCAAAGGUGCAGAGGUUUGUUUUCUGGGUGGCAUGGCUCGCUUAUGCUUCUGCUCACUGUCGUACCAUAGGAUACGGUGUUGCAGGAGCUGCAGGGGUGGCGGGGAGUGGGCUACAUAUGAUAACGGAUGUUGUUGAUACAUCGUAUAAGAAAAUUGGAUGGAUGCUUGGAUAUAGUGAGGAUAAGCCAACUGAUCACACAGAAGUGGGUCGCGAAGGCAUAGAGACAGAGACAGUGACCAACGAUAUUAUUGUAGAUAAAUCAAAACAGACAUCAGGCGAGACAGUUGUGAACAACCCAUCACCAUCCAAUGUUUUUAAUGAAGAGAGCACAGUAUUGACUAUUGAUAAAUCGUCGAUGUCAAAUGAACAUAAUACAGUAAACACGAAUGAAGCAUUGUUGAUAGACUGCCACAGCGUUAAUGUCAGAAAUGAAAAAUUGUGUGAUGCGACUGAAUUACUGUUAUCGACGUCUAUGGAUGCAGCGUCAUUACAACAGUGUGCACGCAAUAUAGCGCCACCCAUCGACCGCUUCAUAAAAUGCCCGAUUGAAGAAUUUAAGGUUGUCGAUGUACCUGAACUACUAUCAGAUUAUAAACGUAUUGCCGCUGACAUAGAGGCACUUGGGCUAUUUGCAGACUAA